AUGGCAUCAGGAAAGGUGUCAGCCCUCAAGUUCGUGGGGACUGUCUCGUUGGGUCUCUUAACGGGCACUUCGUACACCCUCUCGGCCCUCACCCUCCCAUCCGUCCUUGAGCUCCCCUCUGCGUCAUCCGCAGCCAAGGCCUUCCGCAACAUCGCAUCAACCGCAUCAACACAUCUCACCUCCCUAGCCAGCCUAUCCGGCUCCGCCUUCCUGCUCGCCUUUAUCAUAUCCCCCCGCGGCUUCAAACACCCGUACCUGCUCUACACGUCGCUAUUCUGCUUUAGCACCCGCCUGUCCGACUACGUGACGCCGUCCAUCUUCGGCGCUCCCGUCUCCAGCUUCUCCGCCGCCGCGCAACGCCGCGCCGCGGUCCAGGCCCGCAAGGACAGGAAGGCCGCCCGCCGCAUGGAGGCUUCCUACGAAGACCUCGGCGGCUCGCACAGCGACGAGGCUAGCGGCGAGGAGCACGAGGAGGACUUCAACGGCGAGGAGGUCCGCAGCGAGGUCCAGUACUUCGUCCGGAACCAGUUGAUACAGACGGCUCUCGCGGGCAUCGGCUUCGCGAUGGCGGUCGUUGGCAUCUGGGGAGAUGGUGCUCUGGGCGUUUCAGAGACGCUUGUUAUCGAGUUCUAA